GCGGUGCCAAAUGUGUGGCCAUCGAACGCCUCGGCCGCUCUGCUUCGCUGUCUCGGGUACGAUAGGGAACGUCGGGAGCUGCUAGUCGAUCGGCUGCUCGCACGGGCGCUUCCAGCCGACGAGUGGUGGACACCGUCAGCCUGCUGGACUGUGUCGUACGCCGCUUCGAUCGGCCUGCGUCUCCGUUCGCACGAGGUGUUAGUGUUUGGAGCGCACCCCGACCGGGCGUCCUCGUGCGCGCGCGUCUACGCAAAGACCUACGCCGCGCUACUCUUCUCGACCGGUCUCAACCUCGCCCUCGUCGGAGGCCUCGCCCUCUCGCACGAGCUCGCGCUCGUCCUGACCGCCAGCCUGACCGUCUGCUGGUCGUACCACGCACUCACCCUCUCGUGGGGACGCUCACUCGGCUCGCCGGACGGGAGGUACUCAUACACCGCAGUCGAGGCCUCUUCGCCGCCGCGCACUUCCUCGCCGCAGAGCGCGUGCGCGCCGCCGCCGCCGCCGCCGCCGCAGUCCGCGCCGCUGAGCUUCUUGGGCGGGUCGGCCGGUGGUCGGAUAAUGCGGGAGCUGCUGGCGGGGCCUGGGAGGUUAUAGCAGCUGGAGAGCGACGACCUGAGGCCAGGCGCGUGUUAAUCAUGUGUAGAUGUGGGAGGAGGACGGGGACUUCGGCUCGGUUUAGAAAACGCAUUCUCUUU